CACUUUUAAUUCUCCUUCACCACGUAAAGAAGCUUCAUCUCGGAAAAGGAGCGCCUUGCCUUCAUAUUCUCUUGUUGAUUCGUUAAAGAGAGACACGUUUUGAGGAUGAAACUGAUUCUGCUCCUCGUUAUCUCCUGCCUCGCCUUACAUAAUGGAAAGGGAGCACCAAGGACUGCUGUGUAUAAGUUUGUGAGAUGUAACCCUAAGGGUGACCAGGCCAACUGUGUGACUCAGCAAAGUCCAGAGAUGGCAUGGAAUCCGGACCUACCGGGCAAACUGCCUGCUUCAGCUGCACAGUAUCUAGAGGCAGAGCCUGUGGAGGAUGAAAGUCCACAGAGAGAGGAAGAAGAUGAGGAAGAAGAGGGAAAGAUGGAAGAGGAGGAAACACCAAUGACCAGUGAACAGGGGGAGUCACCUGGAUUUUUUCUGCCUGAAGAAGGUUCUGGUGGUUACGAGGGCUCUGCAUUUGGAGGUGUUAUCAUGGACCAGGCCUUUGGGACUGCAGAAAGUGAGACAGGCUCUGGAGAGAAAGACAUGGACCUACAGACAGGUGGGGAUCUGAGGGUCCAAAGGCGAUUGAUCCCCAGCUGGUCUCUGGCCAGUAAGGCAAAACCAGCAGAGCAGGAGCUGAGAGAUGACCAUCUUCUGCAGCUGUAGACUCAACACCCAUCCACUGAAAGAAGCACACACAUACACAAGGCCAGCAUCUAUUUUAUUUCCACCCUGUUCACUCAGAUAAUAAAGCAAAUAUUGCAUCACCACCUGGUGGUGGAAAAAUUGGUCACUCAGAGACUGAUAAAGACCAAAUAUAUAUUUUGUAUUCUAAGUACUAUUGACAGGAAUUAUUCUUUUCAACAACUGUAAACAAAUGUACUUGUCAAAUUAAAAUAAUGGUCUGCAUAAAUGAGACAUAGACACACUUUAAUUUAGUUUAGUUCAAAUACAUAGUGAUCUAUAUUUGUGUUUUCUUGUGGAAGAGAUAUGUAAAUUGGAAUAUGUUGUUCAAUAUGAAAUUUGAAAUUUGCUUUCAAAUAUUGUAAAUACCAGUGCAAUAAGAUGGCACCAUUGCCCAUGCAUUACUCACUGUGGAAAUGUGGUUCCAACUAUGUUUUGGAGCUAUGCGGCAUGCGUUCCUUAAAACCACACACACAAAAAGAUUUAUUUAUAUUAUUUGAUCCCAUUUGUCUCAAUGUUGUGACACUUUACAUUUACCUAGAAGGGUUGUGCAGCCUAUCUUGAGAACUUCUUGUCUGCAAGGUUGAACAAGACAAUCUUGCUUGCCCAAACCCCUCAGGAAUAGAUUCAUGAAAUCUUAACCACUGUGAGCUGGAACAUAUUCAAAAUGUAUUAUGCACAUGCAUGCAUUUCAACAUGCUCUGUGUUGUCUAAUUUGCAUUUGAUAUACUUAUAUUAAUAAAGGAUUUAUAACAACAGAAUUCAGUAGUGUUUUCAGUGUAUUGUAUCCUAACCACUCUGUUUUCUGUUCUGCUAACUGUCAAUCAUGUCUCUUCGGUCAGCUGGACAAUUUGUUAGUUGCUUGUCGAUUGAGUUGAUCCUCUCCUGCUCCAGCCUUGAAUUUUAUAAUUGCUAACAUCAGGACAGAUUGUGUUUUUAUGCUGUCAUUUUAUGAUGUGAUUUUCUAGUAAAACAAUAUUUUUUGGACAAAAAAUAAAAGAAAUUGACUUCUC